AUGUUCCUGGGAUCUGUCCGAGCCGUUGUUCACCAACGCGGGCCAACACGCCUCUUUUCUACAUCUACAUUGGCAGCCGAUGCUUCCCACAAGGUAGUCGUUGUCGGUGGUGGUACUGCAGGCUUGACUGUAGCGCACCAGCUCUUGCGUUCUGAAAAAUUUAAGCAAGACGAUAUCGCGAUUGUGGAGCCAUCCGAGUGGCAUAACUACCAACCCGGAUGGACACUUGUCGGAGGUGGUCUUUCUACACGCGAUGCAAUGCGCCGCAAAGUAUCUUCGUUGAUCAAUCCCAAGAUCCAGCUGUAUCAAGAUGCAGUAUCAACGUUCGAGCCUGGGCAGAACCAAGUGACGACUGCGAGCGGUGAAAAGCUUACAUACGGUGACCUUGUUGUUGCUUCUGGCUUCGAAAUCAAUUUGGACAACAUUGAAGGGCUCGGAAAGGCGCUGGCAGACCCGAACUCCAAAGUCGCCUCAAUCUACACCUACGCCACAGUGGACAAGGUCUUCAACAAGAUCAAAGCGUUCAAGAACGGAAAAGCGAUUUUCACGCAGCCCGGUUCACCCAUUAAGUGCGCUGGUGCGCCGCAGAAGAUCAUGUGGAUGGCUUUGGACCUGUGGACGAAGGCGGGACUCUUUAAGCCGCACAACCCGGACUCCCCUGUUGACGUCGACUUUGCUACCGGCAUGCCCACCAUGUUUAGUGUUCCCAAGUACAGUGAAGUGCUUAACAAUCUGCGUGAAGAGCGCGGUGUAGGCGGGCUUUUUCAACACGAUCUGGUCGCGGUCGAAGACGACACGGCCAUUUUUGCGCUUCCCAGCGGCGAAAAGGUUCGCAUGAACUUCGACUUUUUGCACGUCACGCCACGGAUGAAACCUCCCAAGUUUCUCGCCGAUUCCCUGCUCGCUAACGAGGCAGGUUAUUGCGCUGUUGACCCUGCAACCCUGCAAAGCGUCAAGUUCGACAACGUAUGGGCGCUUGGCGACUCGAGCUCGCUUCCGACGAGCAAGACGGCUGCUGCUAUUACCGGCGAAGCACCUGUCCUCGUUGAAAACCUCUUGUCUGCUAUUGAGAAGAAGCCGAUAGUGGGUCAGUACGACGGAUACACUUCUUGCCCACUCAUUACCGAGUACGGCAAGGUGCUCUUGGCCGAGUUUGUGUACAACGCCUUGCCCAAAGAAACUUUUUCCAAGUAUGGUAUCGAUCAGUCGAAACCCCAGUCUGUGUUCUACCAUCUUAAAAAGUCCUUCUUCCCGUGGGUGUACUUUAACAGCUUCGUCAAGGGCACUUGGAAUGGGCCCAAGGGCUGGAGCUUUGGCUUGCGUGGAUACGCUUCGAACGCAUCCCCGAACCAGAAGCGCGGAUUUGCAACGAGCGCUAUUUCGUUGCGUAAUGCUCCGGUGCGACGCCCUCGCGACCCUUUGAAUACCGGCCGUUCUUCGCGUUCGGUUUUAGAAUCGGGCGCAACAUUUAUUUCCCGUGCGCCUCCCACGCCUGUUUCUGGCCGCACGACCUUGGAAAGUGCCAAUGCGCUUUUCGACAGUGCUGUGCCGGUAAGUGAGGCGGAUCUCGGUUCGCUGCCUCCUCAAUUGCGCCAGCGUACGUCGGGCAAGACUCUCACUGAGACGGAAAUUGCACAGAUUCAGCAGCUUCGUGCAGAGGCACCAUACAGUAACACUGCUGGCAAGCUCGCCAAGCAGUUCGGUUGCUCGCCUACGUUUGUAAGCAUUGUUGCACCUGUGCCGAAGCAAAUCCGUAACGCCCGUGCUGCUGAGCGCAAGCUUCAGAGUGCUACAUGGGGCAUGAACAAGCGCGUUGCCUCUGAGGAGCGUCGCGAGCGUCGCGCCCUUUGGUAA